GGUGUUGGAGCUUGCAGGAGUGCUGACAUUAUCCACAGCCAGGGAGAAAAGUACCUGUGUCGCCACCUCUGGGUGUCCUAACACUCGAGUUAACAAGCACGAACUCAAAGUGUUCUUUCCUCAUUGCGCACAUGGAAAGAGGGAGCAACUUUAGAUGAUCAAGUAAUAGGAGGAAAACCAAAACCUAACUGCGUAAAAACAGAUACAAUAAAGCAUGGAAACGAACGGGAUCGAAAAUAAAAACAACGGUAUGGAGAAUGAUAGGGACCUCCAGUUCCUCCUGAAGGGGGGAGACCUCCUCAAGGUCCGCUCCUCGUCCUGGAAAAAGACCCGCUACUUCAGACUCAUGGAGGACUGCAAGACCAUGUGGCGCGAAUCAAAGAGAACCUUCAAGACAAGCAAGACCUGUGAGUGCUGCUGCAGUCCAAGCUUCCCACCUGCAUUUAAGGUUGAUGAAAUCUCAGCGGUGCGAAUGGGACGUCAGUCAGACGGCCUGAGGAAGAACACGGAGGAGCAGGUGGAGAGCCGAUGCUUCUCCAUCAUGUUCAAGGGCCGCCGCAAGAACCUGGACCUCAUCGCCAGCUCCGAGGACGAGGCCAGGCAGUGGGUCAACAGCCUGCAGAAAAUACUGUCUGGCAUAAACAACCUCAGCCCCCAGAAGAAGACAGAGCAUUGGAUCUUCAACUGCCUGAGGAAAUCUGAUAAGAACAAAGAUGAUAAGCUGAGUCUGUCAGAGCUCAAAAACUUCAUGCAUCUGAUUAACAUCGAGGUGGAUGAUGACUACGCUGAGAUGCUUUUCGAGAAAUGCGACAAAUCCAAUUCUGGAUACCUGGCCGAAGAGGAGAUCAAACAUUUCUAUGACCUGUUGACCCAUCGGGAGGAAAUAGACGUGAUCUAUGGGGAGUAUGCUAAAACGUCAGGCUUUAUGAGUCCUCAGAACCUGGUGGACUUCCUGAAGAAAGAACAAAGGGAGGACAUCACACUGGCUGAUGCACAUAACAUAAUCCAGAAGCAUGAGCCAGACGAAACUGCCAAAGAGAAGAAGCUGCUGUCCAAAGAUGGCUUCCUCAUGUACCUGCACCAUCCGGAGGCUUUGGUUCUCAAUCCCGAUCACAGAGGGGUGUACCAGGACAUGAAUCAGCCCCUCAACCACUACUUCAUCUCCUCCUCGCACAACACCUACCUCAUGGAGGAUCAGCUUCAAGGUCCCAGCAGCACAGAAGCUUAUAUCAGGGCUCUGCUGAAGGGCUGCCGCUGUGUGGAGCUGGACUGCUGGGACGGGUCGGAUGGUGAACCAGAGAUCUACCACGGCUACACACUCACCUCUAAGAUCCUCUUCAAAGACGCCAUCAAAGCCAUUAAGGAGUAUGCCUUUAAGACGUCAGAUUACCCGGUUAUCCUCUCCUUGGAGAAUCACUGCAGCGUGGAGCAGCAAGAAGUCAUGGCCCACCACAUGAGCUCCAUCCUUGGCAGUGCCCUCGUCACCUCACCCCUGGGGGACGGCAUGCCCAAAGGCUUUCCUUCUCUACAGGAGCUGAAGGGGAAGUUCUUGAUCAAAGGGAAGAGGUUAAACAAACUGGAGGCCACUUUUGCUCCUGAUAACACUGAAGAUGACGAAGAGGACAUGACGGAGGAGGAAGAGUCGGACGACGAAGAUGAGGAGCAAGAGAAAAAGAAGGAGAAAAAGAAGCUGAAACUGGCGAAGGCUCUGUCCGACAUGGUGGUCUACUGUAAGAGCGUCCACUUCCACGGCUUUGAGGACGCCAGGCAAAACCUGAGCUUCUACGAGAUGUCGUCCUUCAAGGAGAAGAAGGCCUUGGAGCUGGCAGGAGAGUCGGCUAAUGCCUACAUCCAUCACAACGUGGAGAAGCUGAGCCGCAUAUAUCCAGCUGGCUCCAGGACCAACUCCUCCAACUACAACCCUGUACCUCUGUGGAACGCCGGCUGCCAAAUCGUGGCUCUUAACUUCCAGACCACCUGCACAGCCAUGGACGUAAACCAGGGCAGAUUCCUGAUUAACGGAAAGAGCGGCUACGUCCUGAAACCUGCCUACAUGAAGGACCCAUCCUCAGAGUUUGACCCUGUCACACUGACCCAAGGAGAAUGGCUGCAGCACAAGAUGCUCCACAUCAUGGUUAUUUCAGGCCAGCAGCUCCCCAAAGUGAGCCAGAAGAAAUCCUCCAUCGUUGACCCGCUGGUGAGGGUGGAGGUGUACGGAGUGCCGGAUGAUAAUUCAGAGACAAAGACCAGUGCUGUCGAUAAUAAUGGUUUUAACCCUGAAUGGAAUGAGAACAUUGAGUUUCAAGUGCACGUGCCUGACUUGGCACUGGUACGCUUCACCGUGGAAGACCACGACUCCGCAACUUCUAAUGAGUUUGUGGGGCAGUACACACUCCCAUUCAACAGCUUAAAAAUGGGAUACAGACAUGUGCCGCUGCUCAAUAAGAAUGGAGACCUCCUCCCCUCAGCUGGACUCUUUGUACACAUCAUGGUCACCGAUGCCAACUGAGAAUGUCACCACCAAAGACCUGCAUCUCACAGCCCAGUCCUGCUGUUUUAAAAUGUAUUUUUAUGCUCAUUAGUUUUGGUUUAUGCUUAAUUUAUUGGCUUAAUUCCAGUGGUUUUAUCAGCUACUCUAAACAGCAAAUCAGUCUACAAAACAAGGCACAGCAAACUUCGUCUGCAAUCAGCCAUUGUAUUGGUAAGGUCCAAUUACUAAUGAAGAGGAUAAGGGACACAUGUGAAACAUGUUUGGGAGAUCUGACCAAAAGUCCGAAUUCUGACUUAAAUCUUCAAAUUCUGACUAUUUUUUCUUUGUAAUUACUUUUCUCCAAAUUCUUACUUUAAUCUCUGAAUUCAGGUUUUUUUCUCUGAAUUUAGACUUUCUUAGAACCAAGCCAAAAUGAACUUUUGGUAAGAUCUCAACAUUUUAUGGCCCUGAUCCUCUUCCGUACAUUACAAACUGUUUUACCAAUUUUUGUUUUGUAUUAGCUGCACUAGUGUUUUAACAAGUUCAGUUUGGGGUGCCAUUGAUUUCUUAUUUUUAAAAGAUGGCUUGUGUCCCUCAUUUUGGGUCAGUUAAUGUUUUGUCUAUUUAAAUAUUUUUAUUACAUUUAUGAAUUCUGGCGAAACAUUAGCCAAUGUUAAAAAACGAUGUGCUUCGUAUCUAUCAGUAAUUAUAGUUAUAGAAAGUGAUUAUUUUACACGUGACAUCAUCACAACUUCUUCUUUUUGUAAAUCAAGAUGAAGAUAAAAGUUUUAAACUUAAAUGUGCCUCAGUGGGUUUUUGUUUUCCAGCCCUUAACCAAAACAGUUUCUCUUAUCUGGUACGCUUGAAUAAACUCCACAUCUCAUCUAGUGGUACCAUACGGAGUAGUACGACUGUAUAGUGGUCAAUAACUUCUAUUCUCCAAUUCUCCUUCACUAACAAAGGUUACAUGUAGGGGCAAACCAGGUGCCUUUUUGGACCACUUUAUUAUAUGCAAACAAUAAAAGAAAGAUAGCUGUUGGUAGCUGAGCCUCUUAAGCCUUUCCUUAGAAUGAAACCAUUAACCUAGUGAACUUUGGAUGCACACACCUUCGGUAAACACAGCGCCAGUCCAGAAAUAAUACUAUAGGAUGUCUGGUUAGUUUGUGUGUUAGCUUAAGAGUUGAGUGGCAUGAAAGUCUUUUCUCUAAUGUUUUUGUUUUUAUUUUAAUGUAUGUAUUUAAUACAGCAAUUAGUCAUAUUUGAUAAAAACAAUGGAAACGUGUUGCUUUUAGUGACUGUCUCUAGCUCUUGCUAUGAAGCCUGAUACAGGUGUGAAUGUUUCAGUACCUCACGAUUAAUUCAGCAGUUCCUGAAUCAAAUAUUUGCAGUUAGCUUACAUUACAUUUCGCUGACACUGUUAUCCAAAUCAACUUAGUUACAAAAAAACAUAGUGAUUCAAACUCCGAACAACAAGGAAAGUGAAGAUAUAGUCACUUCAGACAAGUCAUACCAUUGUAUUUGCUGGUCAAUUCGUUACAAGGCCUAAGCUAACUCUUUGAAGUGCUUUUUUUCUACAGGAAUUGAAUUGCCAAGGUAAAAUUAAAAACGAUACGUUUUCAGUUUGCCAUGGAAGAUAUGCAGAGUUUCUGCUGUCCUGAUGUCAAUGGGGAGCUCAUUCCACCAUUUAGGAGCCAGGAAAGCAAACAGGCGUGAUUUUGAGGGGUACCUGGGUCCCACUCUUAGUGAGGGAGUAGCAAGCAGAUUGGCUGACGCCGAGCUAAGUGCACGUGCUGGAGUGUUUCAUCAAGGCCUGGUUAGCUUAGCUUAGGCUAGCUGCUCAUAAACUUGUCCAUUUCAAAUAGUGUUCACAAAAAAACAUUAGAAAACCGGGAUUUUUGGGGGAAUUUUUCAACAAAUCACACAAUAAUGAGUGACACAACUUUGACUUACUGUUGCAAUAUCCAUCUUCUUUUAUAGAUAAAAUACUUUUUGAGGUGGAUUUUUGGGUCAUCUCAGGAGAUAAUUUGUUAUAACAAAACAAUUAAUUGAUUAAUCGAAGAAAUAAUGGACAGGUUAAUACAAUUAAAAAACAGCUUUAACAGACAGGGAAAAAUGUGAAUCCAGACUAAUUUCAAACAAUUUCUCUUUGGCUUUCAUUAAUCUACCAUAUCUUACAAGUUAAUAAAAAGUUUGACAUGAUAAUUGUUUCAAUGAAGCCUUUUAUUAUGGAAAUGAAGAAAAAACUGAUGCUCAGGAUGACAACACGCUGCAAACACUCCAAGUAAAGCAACAAGAACAGGCGAGUUUGUUUGUUUUUUUGAAAGGAAAAAUAAAUGUAUAACCUCACCAACAAAUAAAAACACCCCACAGUGACUUGAACUCAA